AAGCAAACCAUUCAUUCACCAUCUCUCUCUCUCUCUCUCUUGAUUUCUUUCUUUCCAGAUAUGGAAGUAAAAGGGCUAGAGCCCAUUUUCCAUACCCACUUGGAUUCCGCUAGUGCAUGCAGAUGGUGGUCGAAGGAGACGGUGGCGGUGGUCACCGGCGGGAACAAGGGGAUCGGGUUCGCGGUGGCGAAACAGCUGGCGGAGCAAGGGCUGACCGUCAUCCUAACGGCGAGAGACGUCGGGAGAGGGGAGCAAGCCGUGGGGACGCUGAGAUCUCGCUUCGGUCUCCGUCACGUCAACUUCCGUCAUCUCGACGUUUCGGAUCCCUGUUCCAUCACAUCCUUCGCUUCUCAGUUCCGUCGCGACUUCGGUCUGUUAGAUAUUCUCGUGAACAAUGCAGCAGUUUCGUUCAACGAGAUCAAUGAGAACUCAGUGGCGCAGGCAGAGAAGGUAAUGCGAACAAAUUUCUACGGUCCCAAAUUGCUCAUCGAGGCCCUCCUCCCUUUCUUCCGCCGCUCUCCUUCUCGCGGCCGCAUCCUCAAUCUCAGCUCCAGGCUCGGCUCUCUCACCAGAGUGGGGGACCCCAGGCUGAAGGCGAUGCUGGAGAGCGACGCGCUGAGGGAGGAGCAGAUCGAGGAGGAAGUGGCGAGGAAGUUUCUGAUUGCGGUGAAGGAAGGCACGUGGGAAGGAGAAGGCUGGCCGGCGCAUUGGACCGACUACGCCGUCUCCAAGCUCGCGCUCAACGCCUACUCCGGGGUUCUGGCGCGGCGGCUCCGCGCGGCGGAAGGGAAGUUGACGAUCAGCGUCAACUGUUUCUGCCCCGGGUUCACUCAGACCUCCAUGACACGUGGCAGAGGGACCCACUCCGCCGACGACGCCGCCAGGUGCGGGGUCGCCCUCGCGCUGCUGCCUCCCGAUUUGCUCGCCACCGGCAACUUCUACGUCGCGGUUACCGGCCCCGGCGGCGUUAGUUCCAAGCUGACACUCACCACCACAACCUCUCCCACUUCGUCAUUUACCCCGUCCUUUGCUACUAAUAACCUGCGGACUGCGAAGAUGCCGUCAGUAUACGGAGCAAGAUUGACGACCUUCGAGGACUCCGAGAAGGAGAGUGAGUACGGAUACGUCCGGAAGGUAUCCGGGCCUGUCGUCAUUGCAGAUGGGAUGGCUGGUGCUGCUAUGUAUGAACUGGUUCGUGUUGGUCAUGACAAUCUGAUUGGGGAAAUCAUUCGGUUGGAAGGGAAUUCAGCCACAAUUCAAGUGUACGAGGAAACAGCUGGUUUGAUGGUCAAUGACCCUGUUCUUAGGACUCGCAAGCCUCUAUCUGUGGAGCUAGGACCAGGAAUAUUGGGGAAUAUAUUCGACGGAAUUCAGAGGCCUCUGAAAACUAUUGCAAAGAGAUCCGGGGAUGUGUAUAUUCCUCGUGGUGUUUCUGUCCCCGCUCUUGACAAAGACACGCUUUGGGAAUUCCAGCCUAAAAAAUUAGGUAAUUUCUGGACCUGGAAACUUGCUUACUGCGAGGGAGAUCUUUUGACUGGUGGGGACUUAUAUGCUACUGUUUUCGAGAACAGCCUUAUGCAGCAUCACGUGGCCCUCCCUCCAGAUGCCAUGGGAAAGAUUUCCUACAUUGCACCUCCUGGUCAAUAUUCACUGAAGGAUACUGUGUUGGAGCUUGAGUUUCAGGGUGAAAAGAAGAAGUUCACCAUGCUUCAGACCUGGCCGGUUCGUACACCAAGACCUGUUGCAUCAAAGCUUGCUGCUGAUACCCCUCUCCUCACUGGGCAGCGUGUCCUUGAUGCUCUUUUCCCUUCUGUGCUUGGUGGAACUUGUGCCAUUCCCGGGGCAUUCGGAUGUGGCAAAACUGUCAUUAGUCAAGCACUUUCCAAGUACUCGAAUUCUGAUACUGUUGUGUACGUUGGAUGUGGGGAGAGAGGAAAUGAAAUGGCUGAGGUGCUUAUGGAUUUCCCACAAUUGACUAUGACAUUGCCUGAUGGCCGUGAGGAAUCUGUGAUGAAGCGUACAACACUUGUUGCCAAUACCUCAAACAUGCCUGUCGCUGCUCGUGAGGCUUCAAUUUAUACAGGAAUUACUAUUGCUGAAUACUUCAGAGAUAUGGGGUACAAUGUGAGUAUGAUGGCAGAUUCUACUUCACGAUGGGCAGAAGCACUGCGUGAAAUUUCUGGACGAUUGGCUGAAAUGCCUGCGGAUAGUGGAUAUCCUGCUUAUUUGGCGGCACGUCUUGCUUCAUUUUAUGAACGUGCUGGUAAGGUAAAAUGCCUUGGUGGGCCGGAGCGUACUGGCAGUGUCACAAUUGUUGGUGCUGUUUCACCGCCUGGAGGAGAUUUUUCUGAUCCUGUCACAUCUGCUACGCUCAGUAUCGUCCAGGUUUUCUGGGGUCUGGACAAGAAACUUGCACAGAGGAAACAUUUCCCUUCUGUAAACUGGCUUAUUUCCUAUUCUAAGUACUCUACGGCGCUGGAACCUUUCUACGAGCAGUUUGAUUCCGAUUUUAUCAACAUUAGAACCAAGGCCAGAGAAGUGCUGCAAAGAGAAGAUGACUUGAAUGAAAUUGUGCAGCUUGUUGGUAAGGAUGCUUUGGCUGAAGGAGAUAAGAUUACGUUAGAGACUGCUAAGCUGCUGAGGGAAGAUUAUCUUGCUCAGAAUGCAUUCACCCCGUAUGACAAGUUCUGUCCUUUCUACAAAUCUGUUUGGAUGAUGCGCAACAUCAUUCACUUCUACAACUUGGCCAAUCAGUCUGUGGAGAAAGGAGCUGGUAUGGAUGGUCAGAAGAUCUCAUACACUCUUAUCAAGCAUCGGUUGGGCGAUCUUUUCUACCGCUUAGUGUCUCAGAAGUUUGAGGAUCCGGCCGAGGGAGAACCUGCAUUGGUGGCCAAAUUCCAGAAGUUGCACGAUGAUCUCACUGCUGGUUUCCGUGCUCUGGAAGAUGAGACCCGGUGAUUCAGUUGCAUCUUUGGGAGGUUUUGGCUUCUUAUCUGCCUGGAGCCUCCAAGUGGUAGCGCUAUGCUCUGCAGACUUGGUUUCUAUUUAUUUCAGCGUCUAGAGAAAGCGGUCAGAACUCGGUAGCUUCGUCCGCAGCACUUUGGGAGAGGGCCAGGGGGAGGGAUUAUUUUGUUGUGCCUAUGAAGUUUAUAGCUGUGAGGGUAAGGAUGGAUGAGGUAUGGUAGCCUAGUAUUCUGUAUUGUUAUUAAGGUUGAUUUUUUGAGAGUUCCUUUUGAGCAGCAACAAAGAGACCAGAGAAGUGCCACUGCUCCGCUCCACCUUUCGUGUAUUUACCACAAUAAGGGCUUCUGUGUUUUUGGUGCCUAGUUGUAUCGGGACUGGUUAUUUCACAUAUUAAAGGGAAAACAGAUGAUCCUUGGCGCAUGUAGUAGAACGUCGUGCCUUUAUCCCGACGUUGUCAACUUUGUUUUCUGAUUUCUCGAACCUUAUAUUGGUAUUCAAACGGGACUACUGGAGGCAGUCUUUCUUCUAGGUACGUGAAAACUGUUCAGUGUACACAAGAUCUGCUCUAGUUUGAGACUAAUAAGUCCAAUUUUCUAGCAACCAAGUG